CGUACGCACAUACAUACUCUUUCUUUUCCCUUUUUUAAAAAAUGAACUGUAAUUUAGUCUAUGAAUAUGAUCAAGUAGAUUGGUUAGACACAGAUGCUUCUGAAGAUGAAGAUUACUUACCUCAAUUUCCUCGUCAAGAAAAAGAAGAGUUUCCUAUUGUCCCAUCGAUUGAAAAAUACAACCAACAAAAGUAUUGUAUUGAACAUACAAGUAGUAUAAGUAGCAUAAGUAGUAUUAGUGAAGACGAUGUGGAUGAUUUCUCAGACAGAAAGCGAGGUCGCAUGAAUUCAAUGAGCUGGGAUACAAAUGAUACUAGGCGAAAAAAGAAAUCUAACGAAACGCCCCUCUCCAAAGUACGCAAAGCCAUUGAUAAUGUCGUCGAUAAUGGUAUAGAACAAGUGGAUAUUAGCAAUAUUGAACUGGAAGAUAUACCAGACGAAAUUGGUGAACUUGCUUAUGUGACUGUACUACACAACGACAUUGUAAAAUCAGCUUCUUUACAACUCUUUUUAUACAACAAUCGUAUUCAUACACUGAGUCCUGUGUUAUUCAGACUCAAGAAUCUAACUGUCCUCAGUCUUCGCAACAACUGUUUGGAGACAAUUCCACCUGAUAUUGCCUUACUUGAAAACCUGAUUGAACUCUCCUUGGGAAACAAUCACUUGAAAUAUAUACCUGCUGAAUUAUUACGCUUAAAGAAACUGACAACCUUAUCUUUAUUUCCCAACCCUUAUCUUCAGUCCCAACAGAAACAAGUGAAUUUCACAAGCCUUAAAGAAAUCUGUACACGCAUUAUUUUAAACCAGUCCUCUCAUACCUCUUCUCUUGAUGGCUUAAUACCAGAAGAUAUCCUGUUAUCUUUCCAAACCAUCUCUGUUGCUCAUUAUUGUGAAAACUGUAAAUUGUUAUUUCAUUCACCCUGUGUUGAGGAAGUCAUUUGGCAGCCUGUGUUGGGUAAUCCAAAUAUUCCUGUCAUGUAUCGAUUUUGUUCAACUCAUUGUUCUCAAUCCAUUCAUCAAAUUACAAGUCAAGUGGCAUUCCAUCAUAUUACAUAAUAAAGAUCCUUGUCCGGGCAUAAUAAAAAAAAACAAGCCAAUCAUUAGAUGGAUGGAUGUUGGAUGCAAAACGGAUGCAGAUCAGGUGGGGUGACUGUAUUUCUAUGUUUGAAAUACCAAAGGAACCAAUCAUACUUUGAGAAUAGGCAAUGACGGGCUUUUUUCAAAUGUAAUUUGACCUUCAGACAGAGUUGCUUGUUUCUAUCUCUUUUCAAUUUUCUAAAUUUUUAAUAUGGUUAGUUUGCUCGUUCAAAAGCGUUUAGCUGCUUCUGUCCUCAAGUGUGGUCAACGUAAAAUCUGGUUAGACCCCAAUGAAGUCAAUGAAAUCUCCAAUGCCAACUCCCGUGCCAAUAUCCGUAAGCUCGUUAAGGAUGGUUUGAUUAUCCGUAAGCCUCAAGUCUCUCAAUC